AUGCCAAACAAGUUCGAGACCGCUUUUGCCCAGGCUGACAAGGACGGCUCUGGAACCAUCGAUCUUGCUGAGGCCCAGCAAAUCGUCAAGGCUCUCGGAUUCGACUACACCGAAGCUCAGGUCGAAACCUUCUUCAAGAAGUACGAUGCUGACAACUCCGGCACUUUGAACAAGUCCGAAGCUGAAGCUCUCGUCCGAGAAGUUUACCCAGCUGCUUUUGAAUAA